AUGUUCCUCAAAAAGCCAGAUUUGACUGCUGGCUCUCGCCCAACACUCUCCCAGGACGAGACCCUGCUUUCUGUACAGGAUGGAGUAGGCCUUUACGAAGGGAAAUACAAGAUCGCCACCUGUCAGAAGGGGCACGCAUAUCUAACGUCUCAUCGAGUUUGCUAUGUCGAUGACUCGAAUCCUCGAGCCCAUUCAUGGGCCAUUGAUCUGAAAGAUGUCGAAAAACAUGAAUUCCAGGUGCGUGAAUUUCGAGUUUUUGUCGGCCGGAUUCCUCAAGUCAGCGCCAAAGAUCACAUUAUGGCCCAGGCCCUUAAAGCGUGGUUUUGGGCGGCCAGGCGCCUCGCAGUUGCCGUUAUUCCAGAAAGUCACGUCAGCAUCCUCUCCAGCUUCUCGCUCUACCAGUCCAUUCCGGUCAUCGGCGGUUUCGCCCGUGACGCUGCCUUUGGUAGUUGGAACCUGGUACCAUCCAAUUUUGACCCAACUAUUGCUACGGAAUCUUUUCCACUUCCACCAUGUCUUGCGUGUGGUAUCAAACCACCAUUUUCUCUCGUUCUCAAAGCGGCCGUCGUUGCGAACGCGAAGCGCAUUCCAGAGAUGCGUCCAUCUGGAGUGGGACCAGAAUCAGCUAGGGCCACCGUGGCGCCUGAGCCGACUCGGUCUUUUGACGAUGGUACCCCCUCUGAGGAUAUUACUUGUCCUCGUUGUACAUUUCACAACCAUCCUUGGAUGCGCAUCUGUGAAAUGUGUUCGGCGCCUCUUCCGACGCCAAGUACCGUUCAAAAUAUUGUCCUGGAGGAUUCAAUGGUCCGAUCUGAAUCUCCGGGCCCAGAAAUUUCGGGCCUUACGCUGGAGGAAGAGCACGAGACCCCAAGCAUCAAAUUCUCGUUUCGCAACGGUGGUGAUCGGAUUUUCUACGACCGACUAAAAAAUGCCAUGAUUCAGCGUAAAUGGUUGUUACCGAACGCUCCGCCAGUGCCCCGGGCAGACAAUGAUCGAUCACCGACACCAUUCAGUAGUGCAAGUCCAACCGUGUCAUCUCAAUCUCGGGCUGUCUCUGUUGGGAUUGCUGGACUUGAGCAGCGAGGCUUGCAAACCCGUAAGAACAACGAGGCAGUCCUCGGCAACGCAUUCGAGGAUUUGGAAGCUUUAAUGGCGUCGGCGAAGGACAUUGUUGCCUUAGCUGAACGGUUUGCGAUGGAAUCAGGGUCAGAGAUUGGACUUGCAGGCGCCUCUUCGGACCCUCUUCUGUCUCAGUCGGCGGCGGCGCUGGGAAUGACCACGACCCGAGACCUGCUUGGAGACAGCUCGAAUACACUCUAUAUCUCAGAGUUGGCCCGAAACUUGGCCGAAUAUGCUACAGACGAUGGAAGGGGCAUUCUGCGACGCCAGGGAGGCACGAUGAGUCUGGUUGAUCUCUGGGCAAUGUUCAACAGAAGCCAAAAUGGGGUCGAAUUGGUAAGUCCUUCUGACUUCUACAAAGCUGCCGAGGCAUGGGAUAGGCUUGGAUUGCCAGUCAAGCUGCGGCGAUUCAAAAGUGGACUUCUGGUCGUGCAACGACGGAACGCAAGUGAUGAGAAGACAAUCAAUCAGAUUAAAGAAUGGCUAAAAUCGCUCCGGGUCCCUGAGGCAGAAGGACCACCGCCGUGGGAUUGGGAAGCUUACGGAUUCGGAGUCACGGCCCAGCAGGCUGCGACGAAAUUUGGUUGGAGCCUUGGUGUUGCCAGCGAAGAACUUGAGAUGGCCGAGGAAAGGGGGGUGCUAUGUCGGGAGGAGAGUGUUGAAGGACUCAAGUUUUGGUUUAACUACCUGCUCGAAGAUGAGGGUGACUAG